AUGAUUUAUUCUAGCAAGAAAAACAACUCGUAAGCACUAUGCAGCAACUGCUAUUACUAUCACUCUGUGUCUAUAUCUAAGUGCAUUUAACGAGUUAUAUAUAUAAUAUUAAUUAUUAUUUACCCGAAAUAACAACAAGCCAUUUGAUGUGUUUAGAAAUUGUAGAUUUAUAAAUAUAAAAUGUCCUCGCACUGGACUAACGAAAAUGCAAUUCUGAGGGAUUUAUCCGUGGCACAGGGACGUGAAGUCCCUGCUGAAAUCGUUAAUCCAGUGGGUUCCAAUGAAAAACCACCCGCUCUCAAUUAUACGGAAGAAACAGAAGAAGAGUAUUUUACUGGCUGUGUUGGCAGUGGUGACUUUGAAACCGGACCUGAUAUUCAACUUAUUCAGCAUAUGCUAAACUUGGUGAGAGAAGUUAGCGUAACAGAUAUUGAAGAUAAGGGAACUGAUCAUACAAAAACAAUAGUAGAAAUUACCAAAUCAAAUCCUAACGUUUCUCAAGGAACAAGUGCUGGACUGGAAUCAAUAUUGAAAAGUGAUGUAAAAAAAAAUAUAAAAAAACCAAAAAAGAAAAGGAAUGUUGCUGUUGCUUCACUCAUUGAAAAAUAUGGAGAUAAUAUGUAUACUAAUGAAGACAAUAUUGAAAUACAAGUGCCUAGCACGAAACUUUUGAAACCGGAUGAUUUUAUACCUGAUCUUAAAGACAUUUCAACCGAAUGUAGCAGCAAUAGUGAAUCAGUUUACAAAACAAUCCCAAUGAUUCAAUCAACCACUUCAAUGUUUAAGAAGAAAUCUCCAAAUAGAAAGAGUCUGGGUAACACAAGCACAUAUCAGAAAGAAGGUCAUUCAUCAAUGUCUAUGACAACUGAAAAUGACAUUUCGUUAGAUAAAUAUAAACCAGGAAAUUUCGUUCCAUCUUCACAUGCUGGGGAACGCUAUAAAGAAUACUUAGAAAGAAGUAAAUUAAAGGAAAUUGUCAAGGAAGAUGUAUGGACCAAAGCUGAGCGGCUAAUGAAGGACAUUGACUCUAAAAGAAAACAGGAGUGCUUUGAUGUUGAAUCUCCUACAACUAGUUCCCAGGAUGUGCAUAGCUUAGAGGCAAAAGGUAUGGAUUUUGUACGUCUUCCACAACAUCGCCAUCUCUUGACUGGAGAUUGUACAGUUUGUAAGGUUCUAUGCACACAUAACAAGGAACAACUGAAAGACAUACACGAUGAAUGAAAAUAACUUUAGAACAUCUUCUAUAUGAUUUUACUUUUUUAAUAAGAUGUUAAUGACCAAUUUCUAUAUAUAUAUAUAUGACGUUAUAUCAUGGGUUGGAGCGUGGAAUUCAGUAACAGCCUGUUAAUGCCCCACUGCUGGGCUGCCUCAUCUCCCUUUUUGGGGAGAAGGGUUAGAGCUUAUUCCACCACGCUGCUCCAAUACGUGUUGGUAGAAUACACAUGUGACAUAAUUUCAAUUAAAUUAGACACAUGCAGGUUUCCUCACAAUGUUUUCCUUUACCGUGAAACUCGAGAUGAAUUAUAACCACAAAUUAAGCACAUGAAAAUUCAGUGGUGUUUACCCGGGUUUGAACCCACGUUCAUCGGUUAAGAUUCUCGCGUUCUAAUCACUAGGCCAUCUCGGCUUAUCGUCGUACGUGUAAUGACGUAGGUACGUCAUGAGGUGAAUUCGACUUUGAGCAAAUCGUGGAGUUCUAGAUAACCUAAUUCGAUUUAAAAAAAAUUUGAUUGAUAAUGAUUUUUUUAAAUCCAUUUGUGAGUAAAAACAUUAUUAAUAUUUAAAAGCUAGUUCUUGUUAUCCAAAGAAAUAUUACGUUAAAUAUAUAUUUGUAACAUUUUAAAAAUUCAGUAUCUCUCAUAAAUAAAUCUUACUUUGUUUGGUGAUGAUGUCCACCUGACUGAUUUUGGAGAUUCCCAAGAGAGAUUAGACUGCGCAGGACAUACAGACUCCGGGCUACUAUUGAGAAUUUUUCUAUAGAAAAUUCCAAUAAUAUUUUAUCGGCCCGACCUAGGAUUUGAAUCUAAGACUUCAGGAUCUACGGCCUUAUCGUAAGCCAUUAAACUAAUUAAAUAUAUUUUUUAAUGUGCCUUUAAGUAUUGUUAAUACCAAACGUGCUUAAGAAUCAGUGUUUACAGUUAAACUGUUAAUACAUUUUGGAAGAUAAUGUGAUCAAUGGAAAUAAGUCAUUUUUACUUUAGAAAAUGAUCGUUAUAAUCCUAUUAAUGUUAUUUAUUUAAAAAAUAAAAUUCUUAUAUCUCAUAAUGUAAAAGUAUUAUAUAAGUUAUAUAUGUUCUUAAAAUUGCGUAUCAAUAUGUCAAACGUAAGUGAUUUUUGUUCCUAUGAGUUCAUAUAUAGAUGAGUUUGAAAAAGUCGUAAGUAUCUAUAUAAAGUUUAUUGUAAGGCUAGCUGCUCCGUGCAGUUUCAUCCGCGUUAAACGUUACAUCUCAGCCCCCGUGGGUCGAAGCGUGAUGUUAUAUAAAUUACUUUUUCAAGAAUUCAACUAUCGAAUGCAAAAAGUUUCAUUUAAAUCGGACUAGUAGAUUCUGAGAUUAACGCGUUCAAACAAGUUCGCUGCAGCUGCAAAGAUAUAUAUGUAACCAAUAGUCGUUCACGUACAAUUCAUUUCACAGAUUAAAAAUAAAAUAUCAAGAUAUGUUAUUUUUAAUCUGUGAAAUGAAUUGUAUAUGUAAAAAUAACUUAGUUCGUGUAAUUUAUUUUUAAAUGGUUUUUUUUUUUAUUAUUAUGAUUAUAUUAUUUUUCUAGUAGAAUAAAUUUAUAAAAAAAUACCAGUGUAAAUUCAUAGUCGAGUGGAAGAUACACUAUGUGAGUCCUUUAGGAAACCGUCUUUGGGUCGAGAAUUAUGUACAUUAAGACACUCAUAAAACGCUAGUAUGGCUCUAAUACAGGUUAGCGAAGCUUAAAACCGGUGUCGCGGAUACUUUUGAAACAAAGCAAUAAAAAGGUGCCUUAGUCGUAAAAAUACGUUUAGUAAUGAUAAAAUAUAAACAAAUUAUACCGCAUUACAUAUGGCGGUUUAGCCAUUUUUAGUCAGAUAAUUUUUUUUUAAGUUUUAAUUUUAUAGAUACAUGUAUCAUUAUUGCAUGUUGUGUAUUAGGUGAUAAUUAUAAACAUUAUAGUGAGGAAUCAGUUGUGCUGUGUCUUCUUCUUUCGAAUGUCAAAUCAAUAAUGACAGAAAGAGAGAAAUAAGUAAGGAACGUUUAUAAGUGAGGCCGUUAACUUCUCAAGUAUACAUUGAAACUUUGUGAUAAAAUUGAAAAGGGUUUUUGGAAUGUGAUAUUUUACCAUUGGCUAGUGAUAUUAAUAUUUUGGUAACUAAAAAUUAAUAUAUUUUUUUUAUAUUAUUAAAUAAUAUGAAAUAUGUACAAGGUAACGUAAUUAGGCAUGAAAUGCAUACUUUUUAAGCUACUUUUUUAAUUGUUGGUAUGUCUUUUUUACAUUUAAGUAGAAUACGAUAACUAUUCAUGUAAGAAGUUUUAUAUUGUAAAAGGUUUACGUGUUAUUUGUUAUUAUUCAUAAUAAGUAAGUAGAUAGGCAAAUGGGCCACCUGAUUGUAUGUGGUCACCAACACCCAUAUACAUUGGCACUUAAAAAUAUUAACCAUUGCUUGCAUCGCCAAUGCGCCGCCGAUUUUAAGGAGUAAGAUGUUAUGACCCUUGUGCCUGUACUGGCUAACUCAGCAUUAAAACCGGCACACGAAAGUACUAUUGCUGUUUGGUAGAAUAUCUAAUGAGUGGAUGGUACCUAACCCUCAGGCUUGCACAAACAAUCCUACCGCCAAGUAAAAUUAUACAUAUCUAAUAUGGCUAAACCUACGUUUUAUGUUGUGGCAAUCCUACUUUAUAAUAUUUUGUUUAUUUUACGUAAAGUGUAUCUUGGUCUGUGAUCGUCGAAAUUUAUUUAAUAAAAUA